AACGCUCCAAAGGAAAAGCUUCGACACAAUUGAAAGGAAGGGGGAGGAGGAGCGCCGCUGCUUGCCGUGGUAAAAGCAAGUCCAGAGCCUCAGUGUGCGCACUGACAGCAUGGCAGGAGACAGCGACAGCAAGUUGGACAAUCAAGCCGAAAAUGAGCAUGUUGUCAGGCAACCUUUCCUCAUCGGGGUAGCCGGCGGCACUGCCAGCGGCAAGUCAUCAGUUUGUGGGAAGAUUAUGGAGCUUCUUGGCCAGAACAAGAUUGACCAUCAUCAGAGGCAGGUGGCCAUCCUCAGUCAGGAUAGUUUCUACAGGGUACUGACCCCUGAACAGAAGACCAAGGCUCUAAAAGGACAAUUUAACUUUGACCACCCAGAUGCGUUUGAUAAUGAGUUGAUAGUCAAAACUCUUUGUGAUAUCAUGGAAGGAAGAACUGUCCAAAUUCCCGUCUACGACUUUGUUUCCCACUCAAGGAAAGAAGAAACGAUCACUGUUUAUCCAGCAGAUGUAGUUUUAUUUGAAGGCAUUCUUAUGUUUUAUUCGCAAGAAAUCCGAGAUCUGUUUCAAAUGAAGCUGUUUGUGGAUACGGAUGCAGAUACACGUCUGUCGCGCAGAGUCCUGAGAGACAUCAGUGAGAGAGGCCGUGACCUAGAGCAAGUGCUAAGCCAAUACAUUACAUUUGUUAAGCCUGCCUUCGAGGAGUUCUGUCUGCCAACAAAAAAGUAUGCUGAUGUGAUCAUUCCAAGGGGAGCUGAUAAUCUGGUUGCCAUAAAUUUGAUAGUGCAACACAUUCAGGAUAUUCUGAAUGGUGGUUUGACCAAACGCUUGAACGGAUACCUCAAUGGCCACAACACGCCUCGCAAACGGCAUCCAUCAGAGUCCAGCAGCAGGCCGCACUGACCAGCCCUCCAUCAGGAGGUCUGAGAAUGCAGAAGAGAAUGAAUGUGUGAAGGAUGGAUGCAAGAGAAAAGAAGGAUCGCUUGUGCAUUCUGUUAAUUAGCCAACACUGUAUAAGACAAAAAGAAUCAUGAAAAAUUUCAAGAAUUUCAAAGACUGCCUUUUAUUUCAUUCUGCUUCCUUCCUUUUUUGUUGUUGUUUUUUUUUUGGACUGGCUACACUUGAUGUUUUAGGAGUUAGAAAGAUAAACAGAACUUAGUUCUGGGAUUGUUAAAAGGUCAAAAUGGAUAUUUCCUCUAUUUAUUUUAACAUUUUUAUUUUUUUUGUACCUUCAGAAGUAUGUUUGUUGACUAAAAGUGGGGAUGCAGAAAAUUAAAUGUAACAUGACUCCAUGGUAAUGAGGAUUGAACAUAUAUUUUUAAAAUUAUUAUUAUUUUUUUAUCUCCAGUCCUUGUUUUUUUCUAUCAGAAAGGACUAAGGUUACAAAUGUAUUUAUUUAAAGAACCUCAUCACUGGAUAGAGGCCAAAAACAGUUGUUUUAAAAUCCCUUCUUUUUUGGUUAACUGUGUUGGAAUAAGUUUUUAGUAUUCUGGCAUUAUUUAUAUGAUGCCCCUCUAUGAUCAGUGUUUCUUGCAGAAGGAUAAACGUUUAUUCCUCCGUUCCACUUGAACAAUUCAGGCAGUGUUGCUACGUCAAACAACAGGCCUCUCAGGGUGUAGUUACUACAAACGUAAACAAUAAAUCACUUUUGUCCUACAAGGAAAGAGACAAGACUAUGAUCUACAUUUCCACUGAGUCUAUAUAGAGACCACACCUAACUGCACUAAUCUGGCUAAUUAAGUAGAGAUAAAUUUGUUGUACAUGUUCAUACUCCAUUCUGAAUUACAAACCUGGUACUUCUAGGAAUUACAGAGAUGCCAUAUAAUCCUCAUUAAACAUGGUCAUGUACUUUAAAACGAAGCCCAGUGGUUGAUUGUGCAGCAUUGCUGUGGAGUGUUAGCAUGAAUAGUGAUCUGUUUGUCAAGAGACUUAUGUUCAUAUACUAUGCACUGUACCCUUGACUCUAAUAAUGCAAUCUGACACUCAGUUUACGACUCUUUAAUUAGUGCGAGGCAUUUAGACAAAUGGAGAUGCUUACUUGAAAUGAAUUCUCAGAGUCUCUUCAUCCUUUGCAAUGUUUUUUUUUUUUAAACCCAUUAUUUCACCUGUGUUGUGACUUCUUAGAAACCCAGGCAAUCCAUAGAGUAUACACCAUGAUGCCACUUUGGUAAGUCUUUGACAAAACUCACCAAAGAGUUAUUUUAGUGUUCUUCAACAGAUGUUUUCACAGUUUAAGCCAUGUCAUUUUCAUACGCAAUACAUAUUUUCUCUUGUAGCUCAAUUUUCCUGCAUCUUAAAGCCAGAGAGAAGCCAUUUUAAGGCACUCUGAAAUCAUUCAGGGAUGUGAAAUGGAACAAUCCAACCUUUAAACUUGACCCUGGCUGUAAAAUGACCCCAUAUAUCUUCCUUUGAUUUUAAAAUCUUAAAAUUGACUAAUCAUUUAUAUAUGUGUUGUUUUUAUUUAACAUUGUAUUUUGCUGUAUUUUAUUUUCUGGUUGGCUUCAUUCGCAUUGCUGCUAUGGUACAGGGUGACUCAAUCUUGUGUAAAAAUUCUAAAUUAUCAAUGAUUGAAUGAUGUUGAUAUUUAUUUGAUUGAAUAUGAUCAUUUCGAGGAUACUGGCAUUUAUAUUUCAUCAGAGCUGCCAUCAUUUAUGUCUGGGCCAGAUGCAAAAAAAUAUUUGUGUGACUUGAAUACCUAUUUGGUUAUCAAAGGCAUUCUCAUCCCUGAGCUUUUUAUUUGGCCAAAAUUGCAUAAAUUAUUAUAUAUAUUUUUUGCUGAGGUCUGGUCCUUGGUUUCGUUUGGGUAUUAAAUGUUUGCUUCAAUCAGUAUGUUGAUAUAUUACUUUGAAAAUUCUUGAAAAGAACCAGUUUGAAACCACUGCAACAAAUUUUGUGCCAUCAUAAAGUUUUUGUAUGUGAAAAUGCAGACUGUUCAUUUUAUUUUUAUGUUGAAUUCCUUUCGAUGUUACAUUAGCUAAAUAUUGUAAAUAUUACUUUUCUAAACAACACUUGGUUACUCAAACAUCCAGGCUGUCGAAGAUAUUCAUACCUCUCACGAAAGGGUUUUGAUAUAUUAGCACAGAUUUAAACACCAGCUUUAAAAAUGCAGUACACAUUACAAUUUUUAUUUCACAUGAUCGCACAGUUCAGCCCUGAAUAAAAUCAUGAUUUCAUAACUAUUAUCAUCGCUAUCUUACCAACUUGCACACCUGGUGUGUAAUCCUACUUGACAGAAAGUGAUGCAAAUAUAGUACAUUGUUUUUACUGAAAUCUGUGGGAUUCCAAAGAUUUAUGCUGUUGACAUUGUUUGAUGUGCAGUCAAUUAGUUUGGCUCCCACACUUAUGUCUGUAAUUAUAGAAAAUACCGAAUAUGUUACUACCUUUAUGCAUUUUUGUUGAUUUUAGAAAGAAAUCCUAGUCUGGAACAGACUAUCUUGUUGCGAAGAGAGGUGACUUUAGAGGGGAUUUCAAAAGUAUGGUGUUCUGCAUGAUGUAUCAUUAUAUGUUCAAUUAUUGAUGCCUUUGAGUUUUGGUGCUUGCAAAAAGGGUGCACAGAAAGCCAAAACUAUACUAACAUCAGAAAAGGUUGCAUGCUUGUGUUGUUGGACCAAACUACAGUUGCAAGGCUUUAAAACAGUAUUUCUGUGACACUGCAAUGAAUAUUAAUAACACUUUAUCUUGAAAUGUUACUAUUGAAGCUGGGGAUUGGCUUUUUUUUUCUUUGUAAGUGUUUAUGUGGUUUAAUAAAUCCAUGAUAACUGUAUCAUCAUGUACAUGUGUAAAGAAUCGCAGAAAGUUGUUGUUAAAGUGACUGACAGCAAAGCUGAAUUAAAUAAAAGUUUUUUACUCCUCA